AUGCCGCUUUUGCCUCGUGCACCAUCACAUUCGUUUCCUCCUACCCGUGGGCACGCGUUCGCGCACCUUGGUUCCUUCGUUCAUUUAUCAGCACAUUUCGAUAAUCCUCACUUGAGGCUUCCGCAUUCACCGCAGAGUGUGCCACACUCGGAGACGACACACCGAGAAGAUUCCUCUGCCAUGGAUCAGCCGUUCGACCCCAUGGAGCUAUUCAAGGCGGAGGUCCGACGCAAAGCCCAGGCCGACGGCAUGUCCCCCGAAGAGGCCGAGGUGCUCGCCAGCCUCGCGCUCGACACGCUGCGCGCCAAGGCGGCAACCAAGAGGCCCGGCUCGCCAGUGACCAAGGCAGAAGUUGCCGAGGGCGUUAGGAAGCAUGCCAUUAGGGAGGUGGAGAAGAGCAAUGCGCGGAAGGAAAAGCUCAUGAUGCAAGGCCUCACCCUCAUCGGGAGCAUGACCCAGGAACAGCUCGACGAGUUCAUGGAGAAUUACGAUGGCGACGAGAUCGGCAAUGAUGACGAGGACAGUGACGAAGGUGAAGAGUGUCGGGCGAUAGGAACGGAGAAGCAUGGGAAUCUGGGUCGAGAGACCAAGCGGUUCGCGUUUGAGGACGAUGGCCUCGAGGAGGUCUUUGGCGAUGACGAGGAUGAUCCCUACGACUUGUGCGCGGACAUGGCAAACUUGCACCUCGGCAUGCGUCGCGAUGGCAUGGACCUCAUCACGGCCCUCUGUCAGCGCGUCGAGCUCACCGUCGAACUCGCAAAGCAUCUCCGCCCAGAGGACCUGCUCACACUCUACUCAACCAGCCGCGCGUUCUACCAGGCCUUCAACGCACAUGCCCUCUCCGUGAUCCGGCAGAUCAUCGCGUACAAAGCCCCCGAGGCCGGCCGCGUCUUCGCCUUCAAGAUGUAUCGGCGCCACCUCAUCAACGACCCCGCCGGCCGCGUCUGGGGCGUCCAGAUGUCCGAGGCCGAGCGCCGAGCCUGCGGCGACAUGGCCAAGCAGGUCAGGACGGUGCCAGGGGUGCGGUACCUGCAGCUCGUGCUCACGCGGGACCGCUGCUGCCGCGAGAUCCUCGCCGUCAUGGCCCGCCUCGGGCACCGCACGCCCGCGGGGACGCUCGACGCGCUGCUGCGCCUGUGGCUCACCAUGGAGGUCGGCGUGUCGUCGCAGCGGCAGGCCAUGAUGGGCAGCAGGGACCUCUGGCGGGACGCGGACCUUUACAACGUGCAGCUCUUCUUCGUCAAGCUGAUCAUGGUCUUCAACGAGCCCGGUUUCGGCGCGCGCAAGCCCGAAAUACUCCACAUCCUCCUCGGCCGGCGCUACGGCCUCGUGUUCCUCUGGGAGGUGCUCCUCCGCAAGCGCUGGACUACCGCGGCGGAGAUUAUGCAGGCCAAGGUCGCGUACAGAACGGCCAUGCGGUCCAUCGGGCGCAACGUCAACGGCGACAAGCCGGCCUUUGGCGUGCCUCUCGACGACGUCAGCCAGGGCCACACCGAGGGCUGGGGCCUGAGCUUCAACCCCCUCCUCCGUCCGGAUGAGCUCGUCGCCACGGAGAGCCUGCAGCGAGGGCUUGACCUCCACAUGCACCUGCGCUUCAUGGCCGUCUGGGGCUACUGGGACUGGUUCACGGGCGAUAACCUGGUCCCCACCGAGGACGAAAUGUACGUCGAGGACGAGGAGACGGCCCUCGCACACAUGGACACGAGCCACCACUGGAAGAAGAAGCACGCCCUCAAGAAGCGCUGGGCGUCUCUCACCCCCGAGCAGCAGCGCAAGAUUCGCGAGGCCGACGAGGGCGAGCGCCUGAUGGCCCUGGCCUGGCUUGGGUCGUCGUCGUCGUCGUCGUCAUCGUCGUCGUCGGAGCAACAACAGCAGCAGCAGCCGGCAAGCGAGGGCGAAGGCGAGGGUGACGGCAUGGGCAGCUCCGCCGAUGGGGCAGCUCCCCAGCCGGCAAAGCUCGACGACGAAAUCACGCGCGGCAUCAUCGUCCACAAGCCCAAGUCGAAGCUCAAGCCUCCCCGCACCACGGACAGCCUCGCCGCCUGGGUCGAGUUCAGCAGCAAGGCACUCAGCGGCGGCGCGCAGCGACCCCCAACCGGCGACCAGGGGCUGCGUGCGCAGGCCCUCCACAGCCACGGAGCCGCGACGGAGGAGUGGGACUGGUUGGAUUGGCUGCAGCGGGAGUUUGACUACGAGGACGCGCGGACGGCGGCGUCGACGGCAGCAGCAGCAGCGCAGGAGGACGCCGAGAUGGCCGACGGCUACGACGAUGAAGCGAGCCCUGUCUCGGACGAGUACGACUCGGAGUGGAGCGACGACAACGACGAGGAUAUGGAGAGCAACGAGGAAAUGGACGGCAUUAUCGCAGAGGUCCUCGCCCGCGCGAAUGGCCCCGGGGACGUGGUUAUGGCUGACGAUCGCGGGAACACGGGCGUUGCCCAAGACAUCCAUUCACAGCAGUACGGCGAGGCCGACAUGACCGAUGAUGGUUCGGACCAAAUGCUGCAGAGCGGACAGGACCUCCAGGACUUUGUCAAUGGGUUCUUUAAGGGAACUGACCUGUGA